UGCUCCGCCAUUUCUUUUCCCAUAUGACUCAAUGGUAGGCCGUUCACGUGGGGGAAAUAGUUAAAUUCUGUGUACGCUACGCGUAAGUACUAAAAAAUACAAAAAAAAUAUAUAAAACAGAAAAACGUAAAAAAAAAUUGCAAAACUUUGGCAAAACCCUGAACUUGUACCCAAGUUCAGUCGAAAAAGUUGUAACUGUCGCGGUGGAGUUAGGGUUAGGCGGAUCCCCUUGAAGUACGGCGAGCUCAUCACCGAAGUCGUCUCCAACCUGGCAAGAUGAACCCCAGUGGCCCAAACUACCCGAUGGCUUCUCUCUACGUUGGCGACCUGCACCCGGAUGUUACAGAGGCGAUGCUGUUCGAGAAAUUUUCCACAGCGGGUCCCGUGCUUUCGAUUAGGGUCUGCAGAGACAUGAUCACUCGACGAUCCCUCGGCUACGCAUAUGUCAACUUCCAGCAGCCCGCUGAUGCGGAGCGCGCCCUGGACACGAUGAACUUCGACCCUAUCAAAAGCAAGCCGAUCCGUAUCAUGUGGUCACAGCGAGACCCAUCGCUGCGGAAGUCUGGGGUUGGAAAUGUGUUCAUAAAGAACCUGGAUAAGACCAUUGACAACAAGGCCAUGUACGACACAUUCUCUGCUUUCGGGAACAUCCUGUCUUGUCGAGUGGCCACAGACGAAGAAGCUUCCUCAAAGGGAUAUGGUUUUGUCCAUUUCGAGACCGAAGAAGCAGCCAACAAGGCUAUCAGCAAAGUAAAUGGCAUGCUGCUCAACAACAAGAAGGUCUAUGUGGGCAAGUUCAUCCCCCGCAAGGAGCGCGAGAAGAUGCUUGGCGACAAGGCUCGAUGCUUCACCAAUGUGUACAUAAAGAAUUUUGGUGAUGAGCUCGACGAUGAGAAACUCAUGGUCAUUUUUGAGAAGUUUGGCAAGAUCACCAGUGCCAAGGUGAUGACAGAUGAGAACGGCAAAAACCGGGGCUUUGGCUUUGUCUCGUUCGAGGACCCCGAGUGCGCUGAGCGCGCUGUGGAUGAGCUUAAUGGCAAGGAAAUGGGCGGUCGAGUGCUGUACGUUGGGCGUGCCCAGAAGAAGGCAGAGCGCCAGUCGGAGCUGAAGCGUCACUUUGAACAACUGAAGCAAGAGCGUCUGAAUCGCUACCAGGGCGUCAACCUGUACGUCAAGAACCUGGACGAUGCCCUGGAUGAUGAGCGCCUCCGGAAGGAGUUCGCUCCUUUUGGCAACAUUACAAGUGCCAAGGUUAUGACAGAUGGCAACGGACGCUCCAAGGGCUUUGGAUUUGUCUGCUUCAGUUCACCAGAAGAGGCAACAAAGGCUGUGACGGAAAUGAAUGGCCGUAUUGUGGUCUCCAAACCACUUUAUGUUGCUCUGGCCCAGCGCAAGGAAGACCGCAAGGCACAUCUUGCCUCACAGUACAUGCACCGCAUUGCAGGCAUGCGCAUGCAAAUGGGACAGAUGUUCCCACCAGGUGGUGCAGGUGCAGCAGGCUACUUUGUGCCAACCAUGCCCCACCAAACUGCCCAGCGCAGCUACUUCCCAGCCACCCUGGGCCCAGCCCAGAUGCGUGCCACACCUCGAUGGACAGGCCAGCAGCAGCAGCUGCGUGGACCCGGAGGACCCCAGGCGGGGGCCGGUGGACCACAGGGGGGCCAGCCUCAGGGAGGCUUCCCCACUGGACUGCCAUACCAGCGGCAGCCACGCCCUUCACUGGCAACACAACCACAGCGGGGAGCCCUCGGCAGCGCACGGCCAAUCACGGGUGGUCAGCAGGCUCCACCUCCGCAGCAGGCCCCACCACAGCAGGCCCCGUCGGCACCCCGGGUGAUGGGCCCACGCCCUGCGGGUCUUGCCCCUCAGACUGCUGGUGGUCCACGCCCAACCUACAAGUACACCCAGUCUAUGCGCAACCCACCCCAGGUCCAGCCUGUCUCGGCACCCGUGACGGCUCCAUUCCAGGUGUCUGCUCAGCAGCAGCAACAGGUGGCCGCGGCUGCAGCGGCAGCCCAGCAGGUGUCUCAGACGCAGCAGGCAGCAGUGCACAUUCAAGGCCAGGAACCCCUGACCGCUUCCAUGCUGGCUGAGGCCACACCACAUGACCAGAAGCAGAUGCUGGGCGAACGCCUGUUCCCACUGAUCCAUCGCAUGUAUCCGGACCUCGCUGGCAAGAUCACUGGCAUGUUGCUCGAGAUUGACAAUUCUGAACUCCUUCACAUGCUCGAGCACCACGAGUCGCUCAAGGCCAAGGUGGAAGAAGCCGUUGCAGUGCUGCACGCCCAUCAGGCCAAGGAGAAUGUGACCAUGAAGAAAGAGUAGAGUGCCCGCCUAGCUCCCGACUCCAUCGCAGACGCCCGGGGGUUUGAACAGUCUAUGGGUGACGGGUAGCCCAAGUCCCUACGAGGGCGUCUUGGCUGAGCCCACACAGGGCGCCUGUUGCGUUGCCCUUUGUGUUUGUUGUGGACCCAGCCAACGUGCUUGUGGGGCUCUUGGUUUAUCGUCACCCACGUGAACUGGCCCACCAGGAAUCAGAGGGAAGGGAGUAGACCAGAAAAAAGAAAAAAAAAAAGAGCAAAACAUCGAUACUGAAAAAAAUCGUAAAACUCGCGCACUUUUUUUUUCCCCUCUUCUCUGCCUUUGUGACAUUGUGCAUUGCAAAUAAAAAAAAUUUUUUUUUUCUUUC